UUGUCCUCCAGAGCAGCAGCAGAGGCUGAGCAGGAGCUGCCACUGUUUGGAUAAACACCACGGCAGUUCACUUACAGAUUUUCUUGCGUCUGUGUCUCUACUGCUGUGACUCUUUUGCUCCCAUCUUGGCCGUGUUGCAUUGCAUUAUUAUGCGAGCACCGUCCGGAGUGAGGGAGCACCGUGUGAAGUGAGUUUCCUUGAAUCAUCUAUAUGGGCCAUCUUCUCUCGAAAAAUGGUUUACGCCUGAAGAAAAGGACACGCAAGUUGCAUCACAGGAAGAAGAAGAAGAGGAACUGUUUCCUGCAGGGGCCUUGCAUGCUCUGCUUCAUCGUCCACAGCAACAGCAGUGGUUUUGACGACGACAGUGACCAUCUGGAGGCCAGUGUCAACGGGUGCCGUCACAACAGCAUCACUGGUAUCAGCGUCCCAGGCGUAGGUGAAGUCGGCAUCGGAGCAGCAGCUGCCUCGAAGCUUGCAGAGCGAUACGCAUCACUUGCAUCUCCUGAAGACUGCUCCAAGUUUCUGCUAUCACAGAGGGAGCUAGCUAUCUGGGAGGGUCAGGGCAGGAGCAUUUUGUCUGCUGUACCUGCAAAACUGAUUCCACCACCGGUGCUCUUCAGAACUGCUGGUGUGUCUGUGACUGUGCCCAUACCUGUGCCUGUGCCCAGUUGCACCAGUGACUACACUGAGAUGGUGUGUAAGAGGAAGUGCUCAGAGGUGCAGAGGUGCACCCCUUGCAAGCAGCCGCGCUGUGCCUUCGCUGCUCCUGACGGAGGGCUGGAGCAUGGAGGAGUGGGAGCAGGAGGAGUAGGAGGAGAGUCAGCCUCGAACUCUGAAACUGGUCGCUGCCACCUUCCCCUUUGCCCAGUUCCAUCCUCUUCCUCCUCUGCUUCCUCUUCGUCAUCACCUGCUGAUGGCUGCUGUGGGUUGGGUCUCCAUGGUGAUUCACCCCACAGUUCAGACUCCUCCCCCUGCUGUCUCCAUCAUUAUGACGAUUGCCAGGCGAGAAGCUCUGAUGCUGCUGAUCACUUAAGUAUUAACCACCUGCCUUCCUCCAUCCUCCUUAAGGUGCUGUCCCACUUGACAGUGAAGGAGCGCUGUCUUUGUGCGUCUCUGGUCUGUAAGUACUGGAGGGACCUCUGCUUGGACUUCCAGUUCUGGAAGCAAAUUGACCUCAGUGGCCUACAACAAGUCAAUGAUGAUCUCCUUAUGAAAAUAGCUUCUCGGAGGCAGAACGUGACUGAAAUUAACAUCUCAGAUUGCAGAGGGGUCCAUGACUAUGGCGUGUCCUCCCUGGCCUCACAUUGUCCAGGCCUGCAGAAGUACACAGCCUACCGGUGCAAGCAGCUUUGUGACAUCUCGCUGUCAGCUUUGGCAACACACUGCCCUCUCCUGGUCAAAGUGCAUGUGGGAAAUCAGGACAAACUCACAGACGCGCCAUUGAAGAAGCUUGGAGCAAACUGCAGUGAGCUGAGGGAUGUCCACUUGGGUCAGUGCUAUGGUAUCACAGAUGAGGGGAUGAUAGCCUUGGCUAGAGGAUGUCCAAAACUACAGAGACUCUACUUGCAAGAGAACAAAAUGGUCACCGACCAGUCUGUGAAAGCGGUGGCAGAGAAUUGCCCUGAGCUGCAGUUUGUUGGCUUCAUGGGAUGCCCUGUGACCUCUCAGGGAGUCAUCCAUCUUACUGCGUUGCGUAACCUGAACGUCCUGGACCUGCGACACAUCUCGGAGCUCAACAACGAGACAGUGAUGGAAGUGGUGAGGAAAUGUCGUAAACUCAGCUCCCUCAACCUCUGCCUCAACUGGAGCAUUGAUGACAGGUGUGUGGAAAUCAUCGCCAAGGAGGGGAGAAGUCUGAAGGAGCUCUAUCUAGUGUCUUGUAAAAUCACAGACCACGCUUUGAUAGCCAUAGGCCAGUACAGCAGUACCAUUGAGACCGUGGAUGCCGGCUGGUGUAAAGACAUCACAGACCAAGGAGCCACACAGAUUGCUCAGAGCAGCAAAUCCCUCCGCUAUCUUGGCCUCAUGAGAUGCGACAAGGUGAACGAGGAGACUGUGGAGAGACUGGUAGUCCAGUACCCCCACAUUGUGUUCAGCACGGUGAUGCAGGACUGCAAGAGAACCUUGGAGAGAGCUUAUCAAAUGGGCUGGAGCCCCAACGCAUCACAUUCUUCGUAGCUACAACUGGAUUUCACUUGCACGCAUUCAAAUAUACACAAAGAUACACACAUAGAUUGAAGACAUACAUACACGAUUUGUACAGUUCGACCAUGUUUGCUUGUCAUUCACAGUUCAAACAUGCAUGUGAACAUGUAGCUACACAUUCAGACCCAAAAGUCCAGUUCAUCAAACUUAUUUAAGGGAAAACUCCUGUUUUACUUUGGUUUCUUAGAAUUAGUGAGGCAUCAACCACCUAAUAGAUAUAACUAGGUCAAAAACUGAAUCCUUAUCAUCCUUUGCAAUAAGUUAGAUUACUUCUUUUUUUUACUAAAACAUCUUCUUUCUCUGGUGGAAUGCUGGACACUAACGUGUUAUCGAUCUCUGCUAUAAGUCAAAAUUAAGAAUAAAAAAUCUUUUGUACUUUAAGUGUUCUACAUCAUUUUGGAUUUUGUGUGAAGGCUACAAAUAGAUGGAAUGGACUGGUUUAGAACAUAAAAACAUGAUCCAAAUGAAAGAUGAAUCAAAGACAUUCAGCCGUAAGCAAACCAGAGUUAUUUUGUUUCAAAAUCGAUUAGAAGAGUUUUGUUUUCUGAAACAAAAUCAGUGUUUUUGGUCACUGCACCCAUGUCUCCCUCCAAACUGCUCCACUAAGCUGCUGCACAGAGAUCGCACAAGAGGGAGCGGAAACAUGGAGAUUAGAGAGCAUCAUCUGGUUGCUUCAACCCAGAGGACAACUCGAACUGCCAGGGCUCACUUGAGACAUUUUUUGAGAAAAUUGUAAUGUUUUUCUUUUUUAAUUUUCUCUUUGUAUUUGUCCAGAAGGAACAUUUUUGCUCUCUUGGACAUCAGUACAGUGUUAAAAGUGGACGCGUGUAACUGAUGAUAUUGUUGACAAGGCUCUACAUGAAGGACGGAGCUCUUUGCUGCAACUCAAGGGGAAAGAUUCAAGCCACAAACAAUUAUGUCUGCAAAAAUACAUUGACUAAAAUUUAAAGUGCAUGUUUACACCAAGAUUGCAUUUUUCUGCUGGAUUUGGAGGGUUUCCAAUGUGAAGUUGAAACAGAUCCACAUGUCUUGGGACCUAUGCUGCUUUUGUUGCAUACAUUUAGGUUUGACUCAUCAUCAUUCUUGAGUUGUUUUGAAAUGAAGUCAAACAGUGCUUGAAUAGAAUUUGCCUUUACCCAAAAGCCCCAAAUCACAUUAUCAGAAUAUUAACCACAUAAGUCAAGGACAGGUAAGCGGAAUCAAGAAGCCUUAAGAUAUUCUAUUAGCAACCUGAAAUUGAAUUUACUAAAGAAAUAUUUACUGUAUCUGAUCUGAGUUUAUAUGAAACCAUAGACAUGUUAUUUGAGCUCAUAUAUACAUAAUAUAUACAUACAUACAUAUAUGAGUGGGGUUUAUUUAGCUUACUAUUGGUUUUGAGUGUGUACUUGUAACAUUAGCUUUGUAGCAAUACAAUGAGCGAUUUAUCUUUCUUAGUGGAGCAGGAUGUAAAGAAAAACUGGCAUGGGCCUAAAACUGAGUAAGUAGACGUUUGUGGAUGAGAGUUUGUCAUUUAUUAUGUAUUUCUUAGAAAUCCAGUAGUGUACAGUUAAAAAUGCAAACGACCAGGGUAUUUUUCUAUGGCAUGAACCAGCUCUGGCCUCAGCCUACACAUACAGUUGCUCAGAUAGGAACAAUUCCUUCCUGAGCGUUGAAUUUUAGCAGAACUGUAAACUUUUGACAGCGCAUAGAGAUUUGAGACAAUUAAACACACACUCAUUUGACCCUCGUCAGGAUUUGUAGACUUUACCCGAAGAAGAAAUUCUCUAUCGGCCUGUUUUUUUUUAUCUCUUUCUGUUCUUUUGUAAUCCCCAUAUGCACUUUCUUCUCUGCUAGAUGUUGACACACUUGAUUCUUGAUUUGCUAAGGCAACCAUAAUUGACUGGAUUUACAUAAUUAUGAAUAAAACACUACAACUCCAA